AUGUGGCUGAGAACCGCGGCCCUGGUGGCCGUACUUCUCGUCCUGGGUCAAUCCCUAGAACGGCGGAAUUAUGGCUUCAGCCAAGCUGAAAUCAAGGAGGUCAAGGAGCGCCUAGUUAAGCUCCGUCAGUUCCGCGAUGCUAAAUUGGCCCACAUGGACUUGCCGCAGGUUGAGGAGCCGAAAUUUGUGCCGAGGGCUGUCGAACCGAUCGGAUUGGUUGGCGCAAAUGGCUGUGAUCCAGGCUACAUGGGACCCAACUGCAAGAACCCGAUCUGCAAGAACGAGACCUCCCCCUAUCUGACCCACGACGGUAUGGCUGGAAUUGGUGAUCGAGUUGAAGUUGAGGUUUCUCUCAGAUGCCAGGAGCGCUUCACCUUCCCGGUUGACUUCACAAUGUCCCAGGAUGUCCACAUCACCGUCACCCAGACCGUUGCCGGCCGCCCCUUCUCGAGGCUGUACGAUCCUCUAGGCAAUGAGGUUCUCGCCUGUGGAGACGAGGUGGUCAGCCAGUCCGAGACUGUCCAGAAGUAUUGCGAACUUAUCCGAACCAACGGAGAAGGUUUGUACACCGCCGUCCUCAACAGCGAGAUGGAAGGCCCCUGCGCAUACGAGGUGAACGCCCAGACCUUCCUCUUCCCGGAUGGUGGUUUUGUCCUCACCCCUCAAGACGACGUGGUCCCAGAGUUCAUCACUGGCGAGAAUGAUGCCAUCAAUGCUCUGCCGGUCCAAGGCACUCCCUAUUACUUUGCCUUCAAGAUGACCCAUGACAUCUACCCGGUCACACCAGAAGUCCUUCACAUCUACCAGAAUGGACGCUGGUCCGAGAACUUUGACUUUGUUGCAAGAUACCACUGCGCUACCCCUCAUAUUACUACAACUACCUUCAACUGCACUCAAAUGAACUACUACCACAUGAAGUUCCAGGGAACUGACGAGCAUGGAAACCAAUGGCAACGCGUGUACAACUUCGACUGCGACGCUGCUAUCCCAACUGGCGCGUACACGGGCACCUACCCAACGCCUCAACCCCAAGACAAGUGCGAUAACGAAGGCCAGUUGAGCGCCAAUGGAACUUGCUAUUGCGGGCCCUUCUUCGAAGGCCCACAAUGUGAACUCCGCAAGUGCCUCAACGAUGGACGAUACGACUUCCAAAACCAGCGCUGCGUCUGCCAGACUGGCUACCAGGGUGACAGCUGCGAACACGUCUUCUGCCCCAACCCGAACUGGCAAAUCAACGACCUCCGCCAACGUGCUCUUGGAUUUGUUGUACGCUCCUCUCAGUCCAUGAUGGCGCAGAUGGACCAAAUUGUCGCUGCCGCAACCAACAUCACGGCCGCUUUCUCCGCUUUCCAUCCUGAUUACCUUCAGGCCUACGUACUCUCUGUUGUCCAAAACAAUGCUGUCCUCUUCACCCAUGAGUUCCAAAAUUACAACGACUUCAUCUCGGCCAUUCGCUCAAUGACCCACCCGCCAACCGACACCGACUGCGAUGAUGCCCUCCUUCUUGGAGUCACUGAGGUCCUUGAGCAGCCUUCCUUCCAGAAGUACCAAAAGUCCCCCAUCUUCAUCUACUCUGAUGGAACUGCCAACGAUGACGUUGACGUGCGCUACGCCCUCCUCAACCAGCUAUCCCACUUCCGUGGCCAGCUCUUCUUUAUGCUUUCGGACUCGGUUACUGGCCGCUGCAACAUUGCAUUGAACGACGUCGGAUAUUCGCAAAUGCGUGGACUUGCUGCUUUCUCCCAGGGACAGGUUAUCAAGACCCCAUUAGAUCAGAUUGCGUCCGCCUCGGUUGCUUUGGCCGAAUCGACCUGGAUGAUGAACGAAUUGAUCACCAAUGAUUUGGAAGACUGCCGAAUGGCUCCGAAGUAUAAUACAUUCUUUGUUGAUGAGACCACCGAUUACCUCGUCAUUUCGGCCACUGGAGAUAAACUGGCAGCUUUGGUUACUGCCCCGAACCGAACGGUCUUGAAGCCGAUUCAAUGGUACCAAACAGGAAAUCUGUACCUCUGGGUCAUUGACACCCCGGAUCUCUAUGUGGGAAACUGGUUGGUGAGCAUUUCUACGCUCUCAGCCGACAAGAGUGUCUGCCAAUACCGUGUGACAGCCCGCUCUAACUACGAUUUGUUCAUUGGCAUCACCAACAGCUUGAACUCGGAUGAGACGGACACCCAGCCGACUUGGCGCCAGCCCGCUCACCUUGUCGCACACAUCAACAACGUCUUCCACCCGGAUCUUCUCGGCCUUCACGCAGAGGUGAUGGUAACGACCAACGAUGUGGGAGGUCGACGCGAAAUGGUCUAUGCUUCGUCCGGAAUCUUCCGUGACUCUUGCAACUUCUAUUUGUACUUCGGUUCGUUCACCUGCCAGCGGCCGAACAUGAUGUACUACGUCUCAGUCUACACGACCGAUUCCCAAGGACACACCCUUUUGCGCACGUCGACCGGUUUUUGCUCGGCUUCGGCUCCCACAGUCAUUCCACCAGAUGGUUGCGCCAACGGAGGUGUCAUGGUCAAUGGUACCUGCAUCUGCGCGGCUCACUACAACGGACCAAAGUGCCAGAGCGUCAUCUGCGAGAACCAGGGAACCCCGCUAUUCGGCGCCUGCCAAUGCCCAGCCGGCUUCUCCGGCGACUUCUGCGAGUACUCCUCUUGCAAUCAACGCAACACCUUCACCGAGUUCUUCCUGAACCGCAAGACCCUCUCCGUCCUUGUCCACGACUCGAUCACCACCCGAUCGGUGAUGCGCACCCUCAACGACACUCUGCCUCGACUAGUAGAAGAUAUCCGAUUCACCCACCGCGAAUGGAUCACUGGAUACCAGAUUGUCCGCUUCAACUCGACCACUCAUACCGCUGUGGCUGACACCAAUGAUCCGAACGCAUUCAUCAAGGGAAUGAGGACGCUUGCCCAGCGCAACUACGACAACUCUGAGAUCUCAUGCCUGGACCUCGAUCUGUUCCCCGCCCUCUACGAAACUCUCACCUCACAUGAUGCCUCAUUCGGUGGUAUCGUUUAUGUAUUCAUCAAUGGGCUGCCGAAACUGAACGCCCCGGUCCUCAGCAAGAUCUUCAACCACCUCGAAGUGACGAAGACUUCCGUAAACAUCAUCCAAACCGCCACUUCUCCUUGCGGGAAGGAUAUCUAUGACGCGGCCUCUACCUCACUGAUGAGCUUGGCUGAGUUCAGCAGCGGCAUGUUCACGAUUUCGAUGGCCAACAAGGCCGGAGACAUCUUCAGCGCACUCCCGACUACCUACAGCUCGCAAUUGGUCACCGAGAAUUGGCUUGCUGAUUGCACGAAGCCUACGACUUUCUAUAUCCCCGUUGACUCGCUCACACAAUCGUUGAGCGUUGUCAUCAAUGGAGAUCUUGUUAACGAUCCGGUUUACACUGCACCAGAUGGUGGACGAUUCAAGGUUCUCAACAUGUGGAACGAUGUUGGAUACGGGUCCCGCGGAGACCAGGUUAUCCAGCCGUGCGAACAGGGCUGGGAUCAGUACGAUAACCGUUGCUUCAAAUUCGGUCUUACCCAUGCCAGCUGGGAUGAUGCGGCCCUUGCUUGCCACCAACAAGGCGCCUCCCUUGCAUCAGUCUUCAACCAAGGAGAUCAGGAUUACCUUAGCUACCAGGCAGGCUCGUCGGUUGAUUACUGGAUUGGUCUCAACGAUAAGAAGACGACCGGAAAGUUUGAAUGGGAUACGCCGUUCAACUUCUCUCUAACCCUUGACACCACUGGUUAUGCUAACUGGGCCUCUGGGCAGCCUAUCACCGAUCCGACCAAGACCUGUGUAUACGAUAGCCAGAAGGGCAUCACCGGACCAAAGGGAUGGAACGUUGUUGACUGUUCUCAGCAAUUCUCCUACGUUUGCCAGAAGCACAUCUAUAACCAGUUCUUUGAGCCUCGCGACCCCAACUCCGAUUUCUUGCCAAGAGGCAUCUGGCAAGUUCAAGUCCAGACUGACGAGGGAAGCUGCUCCGUCGCCGCCGCUGCCCAGUCGCAAUUGCGUGUCUACGUCGAAUACACCACCGAUAUCCACGACGACUUCGGCUACGUCGAGCCAUUCCAGGGCCCCGUGGAGAACCGCAUCAUCGCUCACGUUACCGGCUUGCUGCCAUCGACCAAAUAUUCCCUGGAAUACGCCCACUUCUACCAAAACAAUCUGACCAUCAUCCAAGCCCAGCCGAUGCGCUACCGCGACAACUGCCUGUUCGACUUCAUCUCUGCUCCAUUCCAGUGCCCGUACCCAACUUUCCAGAUGAUGCUCUCUGGAGUUGAUAACUACGGAUACCUGUACCAACGUGUCUUGCCCGUUUCCUGCCUCGGCGGCCCUACUCCAUCGGAUUGCGAGAACGGCGGCCAAUAUUACAGAGGUCAAUGCAUCUGCCCACCACACUUAUACGGAGAGUACUGUCAAGUCGCUGAUUGCGAGAACGGUGGCCGUGUCACCGGUUCCCUGAAUUCUUGUGAUUGCCCACCUGGCUUCAGCGGACGCUUCUGCGAGAUUGCGCAAUGCACACGCGGAGGUAACAAGCCCGAUGUCGACACGGAGCACCGUACAUUCGUUCUGCUACUUGACGGUAUCCAGACCGGAACCUACACCAACCUGCUCGGCAAGAUCGACAUCGUGCUCAGCACUUUCUUCAACACUACUGGCACGAGCUUCCCGACCUGGUUCAGCAGUUACGUUGGAGUCAUCUACAGGAACCAAAACCUGACGGAUCACGGCGGCGCUGUCCUGCCUUUGAUCACCAACAGCGACCCCGGAGAGUUCAUCAACUCUAUCAAAACCACCUUAACCAAUCAACCGGCCGCUACCGAUGAUGUUUCUCGUUCUAUCUUCACUUCAAUGGUCACCGCUCUCACUGCUCCUCAGGUCAAAUCUCGCUCGGUCGCUUAUGCUAUACUGAAUGGAUUCCCUGAUGACUUUGCCGACAUUGAUCUCGCAAUGGAUGCCAUUUCCAGGACUCACACCCAGGUCAACUUGCUUGUCUUCGGUGACAAGGGAACCCCUGGAAAUGCCACCUACCCAGCCCUGGAGCCGCUCUUCGACACGAUCCAUAUGUCUGGUGGCGCCGUCUAUUUCUUGACUGAUGAAAACACAUUCGCCACGCAAUGGGGAGCGAUCAGUUUGACUCUUCACGAUUCGUACUACCUGCUUUCCACCUUCCGCCAAGAUUGCUCCAACCUUGACGAAUAUCUGCAGACCGGAGCCAACAUGUCCACGACAGUCAUCGACAUGUUUGCCGAGCAAAAGCCAGAUGUGUCGAUCUCGUGGCCGAACGGCACCAAGAUCAGACCAGUUUACACGCUGCAGACAAACACCAACACUAUCGGUGUCUUCAACAACUUGUGGACCCCUGGCAUUAUGAGGCUUGGAAUUGAUGACAACCAGACGAGGAGCGGAGGCUGCUUGUUGAAUGUCCGCGGUGUAUCGAAUUUGGAGGUUAUGCUGGCCUUUACACAGGAUGUGGCUGAGGAUGGUGGUCUCCAUUCUAAUGAUGCUUAUUUGUUCCCGGAAGCUGGAUUCGAAUCAAACGCCGUCGUCGCCGCAGUGAAUGAUGGCUCUACUAUCCUGCAAUACGUACAACUCUUCGACGUGGAUGAGCGCCGCCUCCAAUGGGCUUCGCCACUUGUCGCUAGGGCCGGAUGUACUUACCCUUACAUUUCUCGCGACACCUUCCACUGCAACCGUCACUCGUUCACCGUCGCCAUCGAUGGACUUGAUUUCGAGGGACAUCCCUUCCGCCGUAUGUUCACCAUCCACUGCAUUGGCUUCAUCCCCACCCGAGCGCCAUACACUGGAACACCAUACACUGGCACCUUCCCCACCCGUGAUUUCCCGACCACCAGCCCGUUGCCGGUCUACCCAACCUGCGCCAAAGAAACCCCAAAGAUCGAUUUGGUCAUUGCUUUUGAUUCUUCGGAGACGAUGACCGAGGACGUAUACCUCGGGAUCAUCGACCAAUUCUACACCCUUAGCAACCUCGUCGUCUUCGGUACGGCUAACACAAGAGUCCUGAUGGGAACCUAUGACAACAUUGCUCACUUCGAGCGACAAGACUUCAAUGACACCACCAACAUUAGCUCAUACCUUACCCGUAUUGUUGAACUGAUGUUCGCAGGUUACACAGGAGGUGAAGGAAACAACAUUCAAGCUGUCCUUGAUUAUCUGGUACGCAACGAAAAUGCGGUCACACCAUUCCGCCCGGAUGCCAGGAAGAUGAUCGUGUUGUUCAGCUCUCUUGGAUGGGAUAAGGGCAACUCUGGAAAGGGAUUCUUAGACCCAACUGCCGACGUUAAUGACCUGAAGGGACUCAACCUUGAAUUCUACCCUAUCGGCUGGGGAUCGAAGGCAAACAUGACACAGCUUCAGGCGCUGUCGAGCUGUGCCCGCCACGCACAGACUGAGUACGAGCUGACAGAUUCGCUGAAUUGGCUCUGGAGCAACAUUUGCAGCGCAAACGUCACGUGC